AUGAUUCUCACAUUGAAAGCUGUAGGGCUUCAAAGAUGUGUUUUCCUGGGGCCACCAAAGCUGCAAAACUACCUGAAAGCGAUCCGACUCUUCCCCGGACCCCUGAAAAGGAUGGAUUUAGCUGUGCAGUUGCACACAGAGCCCGAGUAUAAGGACGAGACGAUGACAGUUCACCAAGUACCUCUUACAGGUGACGAGCAGAAGUGUGCCAGCCGGCAUCCUGAUCUGGUGAUGGCUUUCCUUUGUAAGAUUCACCCAAAGAAGGGAAAAUUCUUAGCAGCUAAAGCACAGGAGAUGGGCCUGCCAGUGGGAACUCCAGCCAUUCUUCCCAUAAUUACAGCUCUCAAAAACGGGGAGAGCGUCACCUUUGAAGGCAGAGAGCUCUUUCCCGAAGAACUGUGCACUCCCACUGAUCCUGGCCCAGUGUUCAUUGUGCUGGAGUGUCCUCACGAGGGCUUUGUGGAUGCCGUCUGUGAAAACGAGACCUUCCGAAGGUACCAGGAAGGACUUGCUGAGAACCAGGUGGCCCUGGUUAUUCACAUGACUCCAGAGUCAGUGCUGCGAGACAGCCGCUACCAGCAAUGGCUGGAAAGAUUUGGACCUGGAACUCAGCACUUGGUGCUCAAUGAGAACUCCUCUGCGGUGCACAACCCACGUAGCUACAAGAUCCAAACUCAGCUGAACCUCAUCCAUCCAGAGAUCUUCCCUUUGCUCACCACCUACCAGAGCAAGGAAGAGGAGGCUGUGUGUAGCGUGCCCAUUGUACGAGGAGAGUGCCUCUUGAAGUACCACUUCAGACCCCAGCAGGAGUGGCAGAGAGAUGCUGUGACUGUCUGUGAUCAUGAUGCAUUUGUAAGUGAAGCCUUGGAUCUCCCUGACUUCCAGACUCGUGUGAAGGAGUGCAAAGAGAGCCUGUCUGCUCUACCGGCACCUGUGUGAAAUGUGGGUAAUUAUCCUGAAAUUGUGUUCUUGGGAACAGGAUCUGCAAUUCCAAUGAAAAUCCGAAAUGUCAGUUCCACACUGGUAAACACCAGCUCUACCCGAUCCCUGCUCUUGGACUGUGGGGAAGGAACGUUUGGACAGCUCUGUCGCCACUAUGGAGAGCAAGUUGACCAAGUGCUGUGUAACAUAGCAGCUGUGUUUGUGUCUCACAUGCACACUGAUCAUCAUUCGGGGCUGUUGAACAUCCUGAUGGAGAGGCGGAGAGCUUUUGCAGCCCUUGGUCAGGCUUUCAGCCCUCUGUUUCUGGUAGCACCUGAACAGAUCAUGCCUUGGCUACAUGAGUACCACAACCACUGUGAAGAGAUUCUUGGAGACAUCAAAAUGAUUACUUCCCAGUCCCUUGUGAAAGGCUGUGAGAACAUCAGACCUAAAGCCAAACGGUUUGUCAGUUCUCUCUUGGAGAGCUACGACUUGGCUGAGUUUCAGACUUGUGAAGUCCAGCACUGUAAAAAUGCUUUUGCAUGUUCAGUGAUCCACAAAUCUGGCUGGAAAGUAGUCUAUUCUGGUGACACAAUGCCCUGCAUGGCCUUAGUACAAAUGGGGAAGAAUGCCACCCUGCUGAUCCAUGAAGCAACGCUGGAAGAUGGCAUGGAGAAAGAAGCAAUAGAGAAGACACACAGCACAACCUCCCAGGCCAUUCAGACUGGGAUGAAGAUGAAUGCAGAGUUCAUCAUGCUCAAUCACUUCAGUCAGAGGUAUGCCAAGAUCCCGCUCUUCAGUGAAGACUUCAGCGAGAAGGUUGGAAUUGCAUUUGAUCAUAUGAGGGUACGUUUUGGUGACUUUCUGACCAUCCCAAAGCUGAUCCCACCUCUAAAGGCUUUGUUUGCGGAUGACAUAGUAGAAAUGGAGGAGCGGAAGGAAAAACGGGAGAUGCGGCUCCUGAAGGAGACUGCUUUAGUCUUGGACAAACUGGCUGGUGGGGAGAACAAGGAAGCCCCAAGCCAGAAACGGAAACAAGCCAAGAACCAUCAGGAGCUGUCAAACAAGAAGCUUAAAACUGUGAACUGAGAGAAAGGAG